GAACGACAGCAAGAUAAACUUCAUUCAACCAUGGAAAAUAAGAGAAUAAAAUCUGUUGUAGUAAUAGGAGCCGGAGCGAGUGGUCUCCCUUCCAUAAAAGCCUGCGUAGAAGAGGGAUUCCACGUCGUUUGUUACGAGAAAACUAACCAUGUAGGAGGCCUUUGGAGGUAUCGAGACGAAGAUGUAGAAGGUUUGGCAUCCGUGGCACGCUCCACUAUCAUUAACAGUAGCAAGGAGAUCACGGCUUUCAGCGACUUUCCUCCACCCAAGCAUUUUCCCAAUUACAUGCACAACUCCAUGAUGAUCAAGUACUUGGAGCUGUACGCUGAGAAAUUCGAAUUGGUCCAGUAUAUUAAAUUUAGGCACGAAGUGUCAUUGGUAAUGCCUUCGGAUGAUUACGAAUCCACUGGAAGAUGGAAGAUACAAGUUAAGGAUUUGUUAAAUGGGGUGGAAUUACAAGAGGUAUUCGAUGCAGUCAUGGUUUGUAAUGGUCAUCACGUGUAUCCUUUAAGACCCAUUUUCCCGGGUGAAGAUGAGUUCGAGGGGAGGAUCAUACACACUCAUAGUUAUAAAAAACCCAAUGGUUACGAUGAUAAGAAGGUGCUGGUUAUAGGUGUUGGGAAUUCUGGAGGUGAUGCCGCUGUGGAACUCAGUAGUGUCGCUAGUAAGGUGUACUUAAGUACAAGAAGAGGAUGCUGGAUAAUACACAGAGUUGGAACCAAUGGUUUACCCUUCGAUUCUUUAUACUUAAGUCGCUUCUGGAACGUACUUUCUCACACAAUUCCAUUGAAUAUACGUAAUUUUCUCACAGAAAAAAUGAUAAAUGAACGUUUCAAUCACGAAUUAUAUCAAUUAAAACCGAAACACAGGAUACUUUCCCAACAUCCCAUGGUAAACGAUGCUCUACCCAAUCGUAUAUUGAGUGGAACCGUGGUGAUUAAAGGGCCAAUUAAACGCUUUGUUAGAAACGGAGUGGUCUUCGAAGGGGAUGAUUUCGUCACAGAAAUAGACGAAGUUGUCUUGGCAACAGGUUACGAAAUUAAAUUCCCUUUUCUGUCUAAAGAUAUAAUAACAGUCGAAGAGAAUAAAGUACAGUUGUAUAAGUAUAUCAUUCCACCGCAACUUAAGCAUAGAAAUUUAGGAAUUAUUGGGCUGAUACAGAUUGUGGGUGGUUUCUUCCCUAUAUCGGAGAUACAAGCAAGAUGGUAUGCUCGGGUUUUAGCUGGUGAAGUAGAUCUACCAUCGACACAAGAUAUGUAUUAUGAUAUCAAGCAUAAAUCUGAGAUGAUGGACAAGAGAUAUUUCGAUGGACCACGUCACACCAUACAAGUAGACUACGUCGAUUACUUAGAUGAAAUGUCUUCAAUGAUAGGAGCCAAACCUGAUAUAUUCAAGAUGUUUUUCUUCGAUUUCCCAUUAUUUUGGGCGUGUUUUAUGGGUCCAAACCUUCCUUAUCAGUAUCGUUUGCAAGGACCACACGCAUGGAAAGAUGCACGUCGAGCAAUUCUUGAUUAUAAAGAAAGAGUGGAAUCUGCACUCAAAACAAGAUAUAAUUCGCCCGAAAGGAGAGUAGAAAAUAAUAUCUUUAAGAAUAUUUUUUAUUAUUUUAUGAUAUUUGCAUUCUGUUUAUUAUUUUUUAUUGUAUCCUUUUAAGAAUACAAGAAAAAUGGGUUAAAUUAUCCAUAUUCUUUAUAAUAAAGAAGGUGUUUGAUAUGUUUAUAUCCUGAUAAUUAUUUACAGUAUUAAAGAAGACAUUAAUACUUAAUUAGAAUUAAUAUCCACUUAUAAAUUCUAAUUUAAUGUUGUUAAUGUAUUAAAUUAUCAUUAUACGAAGAAGUUAAUUGAUUGUAUGCUUAAUUGAAUGCUUUAUAACUCAAGAAUAACGUCUAAAUAUAUA